GAGGAAAUCUUUUGGGCCACUUUUUCUCUUCUCCUCACUUUUCCUUCCAACUAAUUAUUAGGCUUCAAUAUUAAGAUGGGUUCAAUUUGGAUAAUUAUUAAACCUUAUAAUCAAUAAGUGUAUGACCCAAAAUCUCUCUUUCUUGCAUUUUGGCCCAUGGCUUAAUUUUUUUUCUUUGAACUUAUCGUGUCUUUUUUAUUAAAAAAAAAAAAAAAUUGCAAUUUUGAUUUUUGAGCCAAAUUUCUUCGGUGACCGGAAUUUAAAGUUAUUACUUUACCCAACCAAGAACCAUAAUAAGUCCCUCUCUGUCCGCGCCGCUACAAUUGCUCUCUGCAUUGCACCGUCUAAAGCACAGUGUUAGAGAGAGAGAGAGAGAGAGAGAGAAAGAGAAUGGAAGAGGCAGCGGCGGCGGAGGUGGUGGUGGUGACGCCAGGAGAAGUGCUGGGAAAAGCAAGCCAAGUGAGAGCAGGGAGAGGCGCCUACGUGGCUCCUCACAACAACUUGGUCUACGCUUCCCUCACUGGUUUCCGACGCACCCUAUCCCCUCCCCCUAACUCCCCCGACCAGAGACCCACUGUGGAAGUAACUGGUCACAAAGCCCAUGGUGCUGUUCCCGAACCCGGAUCGGUUGUUAUUGCAAGAGUUACUAGAGUGACAGCCAGAGUGGCUUCAGCUGAUAUUAUGUGUGUUGGUCCCAAGUCUGUUCGAGAAAAAUUUACUGGAUCAAUCAGGCAGCAAGAUGUUAGAGCAACUGAGAUUGAUAAAGUGGAUAUGCACUUAUCUUUUCGCCCCGGUGACAUUAUUAGAGCUGUUGUGCUGUCCCUUGGAGAUGCACGGGCUUAUUAUCUAUCAACUGCAAAGAAUGAACUGGGUGUUGUGUCGGCGGAGAGCACAGCAGGUGAAACAAUGGUUCCAAUAAGUUGGACCGAGAUGCAGUGCCCAUUAACUGGUCAAAUUGAGCAAAGAAAGGUUGCUAAGGUUGGAGGUUGACAUGAAAAUAAUCAGACUAAGCUACAGUGUCUCCAAUCUGCAUUUCGUUUCCCUAAAUUUCUGAUGGGGAAAGUAUAGGAAUGUAUCAUUUUUGUCAGAAUAUGAUUAUUUUUUGUUACAGGAUUCAGUAGUGCCUUUCUAUGAUUAUGUUUGUUAGGCGGUAUCUUACAUUACUAAGUUCUCCCAAGCACUAUGUACAUGUAGCAUAGACUUAGGGUUUUCAAAUUGGACAUAGAAAAUCUACUUCUCAGACUACAAUUGCAUCAUUUUAACUUCAUAAAAGCAUUUGUUCCGGAUGAAAAUAUUACUUUCGAGUA